AUGAUUACUGACCCCUUAGAGUUACGGCAAAAUCUUUCUUCUCGCCUAGCAGAAAUCGAAUGUUUGCUCGGUAAAAGCCGAAGUCGAAUGGUGAUGCUCACACCACUUCCUUGGUACACAAAAUUUGUUAAUUGGGUUCGUAACAACGAGCCAAUACCAGCACUUGAGAUAGAUUGCUCAUCAUUACUAGUAAAUGGAGAAUUUGAUAUCAAAAAGCAGUGGAAAAAGGAUUUUAACGUGUUUGAGGAAGCGAUUUGGGAAACAAUCAAAGGAGUUUUUAAAUGCACGAACCCAAUAUUCAAACGACUUACAGUUCAUCCAGCUACUGGUCAGUCAGUUAUUCUUGUAAAACCAAUACAAAUUGAGUUUAAUACAAAUAAUGGCACAGUAGCCAAAAACCUUGCACAUGACUGGCAUCUUUCUAUCAUGAAACGACCGUUAUGUUUAGCAAUUCGAGUUAAUUCGGCAAAUCACGACCUAUGUAAUCCAAAUGGUGAACCAAUUGACGACAACAUGACAACAGACCAAUAUUUUCAAAAAUAUGGCCAUGUUGUUUUCCUAAAACAAAAGAAUGAAGAGUUUAAGACUCAUGAUCUUACUCAAUGGUCAAAUACGCUUCCAAGUCUCCCUUCUCCAGAGCAACUAACCAAACUUACUCCUUUAAAGCUAGGUGUUAAAGAAUUACUUGAUUCAGCGCCUCAAAGAAACGAACCCGAUAACUAUCCGAAGCCUGUAGGGCUUAUUAACCUCGGCAAUACAUGUUUUCUUAAUUCUGCUCUCCAAAGCAUCAUACAUAUCAAACAGCUUUACACUUUUGUCUUAAAUCCGAAAUUUGAUUCGAGUUUGAACAAGAAAAACCCACUAGGAAGUGGUGGCAAGAUUGCAUCAGCCUUUAAGGAUCUUGUUAAGUCCAUGUGCAUUAGCGGAACUAAUCCACGUAACCCGAAAGAGUUCAGAUCAGCUUUUUCAUCGAAAUAUACAACGUUUUCGAACUACGACCAACACGAUGCAUAA